GUCAAAAAUCACCGGGGUCCUAUCAACAUAGGAUAAUCAGCUAUUUCAUCUCUUUGGAUAGUUAUGAGUAAACAUAGAAAACGUGAUGUAAAGCCCGACGAAGUUAGUAGCCGACGUGAACAGUGUUAAUGCAAGACGUGCUACGUCGGUAUCGCAUCCAAUAUAAAUCCGCGUGUUGCUUGUUCAUGAUCGGUAGCGUGAAAAUCAUAUCUCUCUUGCAUUCUUCUGAGAUACGAGCAUGGCAUCAAACACUGUCACUGCAAAAACACCAGGCGUGGAAUUUGCAAUCGGCGGUCUGGCAGCGGUAGGCGCCGGCUUCUUCACGAAUCCUGUGGAUGUGGUGAAGGUACGAUUGCAACUGCAAGGUGAACUGGAGGCGCGAGGCUCCUACACGAGAAUAUAUAAAAACACCUUGCAUGCCACAUAUCUCAUAGCCAAGCAUGAGGGCGUGCUGGCCCUGCAGGCCGGACUCGUGCCCGCACUCACCUUCCAGCUGGUGCUCAACGGUGUACGUUUAGGCGCGUUCAAGACUGCUCAAAAGUACGAGCUGAUUGUCAACAAGCAGGGCAACACAGAUAUCCUGCGGACAGUGCUUGUGUCUGGCCUGGCCGGUUGUGCCGGCGCUGUGCUCGGCAGUCCCUUCUACUUGGUCAAGACACAAUUACAAGCGCAAUCUGCGAAAUCCAUCGCUGUCGGCCACCAACACAGUCACUCGGGAUCAUGGGACGCCUACAAAACAUUGUGGAAGCAGGGUGGCGUCGCGGGCCUGUUUCGAGGAUGGAAUGCCAACCUACCGCGCCUGUUUGUCGGUUCAGCGACGCAGCUGACCACCUUCGGAUUAGUAUUGGACUGGUUACGCUCGCUAAAUAUAUUUCCAGACCGGCCGAUAUUGUUGACCUUUCUGGCCUCUGCGAUCGGAGGCAGUUGCGUGGCCAUUACCAUGCAACCUUUCGACGUCCUAGCGACGCGGUUGUACAAUCAAAAGACGGAUGCGGCCGGGAAAGGCGCUCUAUACAAAGGACUCGGAGACGCGUUCAUCAAGAUUCUGCGUACCGAGGGCUUGACCGGCUUAUAUAAAGGAACGUUCCCGACGUGGCUGAGGAUAGCACCGCAUACCGUUCUGUGCUUAGUGUUCUACGAGAAACUGGAGCAACUGUAUAACAAGUUUAGAACGCGACAAUAGUUAGACAAUAGUUUUUUAAAUUUAUAUAAUAUUGAAAUUAUGUAUUUUCUCUAGGUAAAGCACGUAGAUCUGAUAAAUUUUGAACUUUAUCAAGUUUAUCUACGUUGAAUAUUAGUAUCAAGUAUCGCAGAUCUAUUGAGGAUAAAUUGAUGUUACGUAUCGGCAGUGAUCGCUUGAUACGAAUGCGAUAAAAAUUUUAGAAAUAUGGACGUUAAAAUGUAUAAAUAUAAAAAUUGCAAUCUAA